AUGAAGUACUCCGUCGUCUUCCUCGGCCUCGCCACCACCGCUCUCGCCCAGGGCAACAUCAUCUCUAGCGCCAUUGGUGGUGCCAGCAGCCUCAUCUCCAGCGGCGGCGGCGGCCUUGUCUCCUCGGCCUCCGACGCCGUCUCCAGCCUGCUCCCGGGCGGCAGCAGCAGCUCCUCCGCCAGCGCCACAAGCUCUGGCCAGGCCUCUUCCACCAGCUCCUCUUCUGGCGCCACUCCCACCAUGACGUCUUCUUCGUCUGGUGCCGCCGGCGGCAGCAGCAGCAGCAGCAGCCGCGCUUCUUCCAGCUCGUCCGCUAGCAAGAGCUCCUCCAGCUCCGGCAGCGCUGGCGCUUCCUCCUCCAGCAGCUCCUCCCAGAACGCCGCUCCCACCAACGGCGCCAACUACCUGGUUCCCGUUGCUGGUCUCGCCGCUGCCGUUGCCAUGCUGUAA